AUGAGGAACACACAUGGAGUAAUCGGGUUGGUGAUGCAGGACAGUGGAGUGGUGCUAGGGAAGUUCAUAGAACAUUCUGUUAAUUCUUCGUCGAAGAAUUCACUUGAAGCUGUCAAGCAUUUUGGUCCUGCUCUUGGUGUGCCACACAAUCACACAACACCAUAUGUUUGCUCCAUUGGAAGGAAGUUCGAGAACGCCAGAGGAAGAAGGAAGCGUUGUGGAUUCAAGGUUUUUAAAGUGUCACUGCCUUUGAACUUCAUUCCCGAGUUUUGUUGUCGUAAUAGAAAUUUUGGUUAG